AUGAGAAGUAGCGAGCCAGGUACUAAGCGUCGGUCGAAUUGGCUACGGGUAUUAGGCCCAUCAGUGCAAGGAGGGACUGGUGUUAAGCCAUCAAGGAGAAAAUACCACGCAAUUCUUUACUGGCAACGGUCCCACCCAGAUACCGACACCAUCCGCGAAGCUCACGACGUCUGUUGUGCCAACGGUCUGCCAGCUCAACGUCCCCUGCCCGCCCACACAUGGCUGCCAUCUGGUUAUUGGUCGCCAACGCCCAGGGCUGGUUGCAACGCUCUGGCCACUUCCGACAGUUGCCUGGAGCAGAGAUCUGUAUGUGUGCACGUUAUUAUGAUACCCUCAUGUCAGGACAUCGACCAGUCUACCUACCUAUUCACUCACUACGUUCCUACGCACCCUGUCACAUCAGCCCGACUUCUCGGCAUAGCACCAUAG